AUGCCAUCAGACGAUCGCUUCGCUGAUGCUGUGAAACCGGCACUAGAAGCUCUUCUAUCGGAUUUACAACAUACGACCGAAGUGCUUAGACGUGCCAAUGCCACUUCACCGGCAGCGCGUAGUAACGACAUCGAACCGAUCUAUCAGGAGCAAACGAAACGUCCAACGGUCAAAUCUGCUCAUUCUCAACAUUCUGGAUUGGAUAGUGUGGAACAGUUGGUGAACAGCUACUCACUUGAACGGCAAAGAACUCGCAGACAAAGCUAUGAUGAUGUGGUCGGAAACAGCCCAAAUCGAGCUCCACAUGGACGGCCCUCAGUUCAUAGUCUGUUCAGCCAACUCGAAAUUGACGACCAAGGAACAAGUAGUGUUUCGAAGAGAAGCCUCGGACCGAGUCAGUCGCAUUCGUACAAUGAUGUGCGUGGCGGGCGCUCACCCUCACGGGACCCACUCCAUAGCGAUUCCAUGCUCGGCACGAUGAACAGCGAUUACAGCAGCAAACAUGGAAUCUCGACAAUCCCGAAAGGGGAUUGUGCGCAGUGCGGAAAGCCAAUCAUUGGGCAGGUAGUAAUUGCGCUUGGUAAAAUGUGGCAUCCAGAGCACUACACAUGUUGCGAAUGUGGAUCAGAGCUCGGACACAGAAAUUUCUUUGAGAGAAAUGGCCGUGCAUAUUGCGAAGAGGACUACCACAAUCAGUUCAGUCCAAGGUGUGCCGGAUGCAAUGGACCAAUCAAGGAUCGUUGUGUUACUGCUCUUGGUAGAAAUUACCAUCUACAGUGCUUUACUUGUGUCGAGUGCGGUAGGGAGUUCGGUGACGAUGGAUUCCACGAAAAAGAUGGCCAAACUUACUGUCGUCGCGAUUUCUUCCGAUUAUUCGCUCCGAAAUGUAAUGGCUGCCAGAAUCCUAUCACUAGUAAUUUCAUCACGGCUCUGGGAACUCACUGGCAUCCUGAGUGUUUUGUGUGUCAGAUGUGUGGUGCUUCGUUUGCAAGCGGUACGUUUUUCGACGACGGCGGUCAGCCAUUAUGCGAGACACAUUACCAUGAGCGUCGCGGUUCGCUGUGUCAUGAAUGCCGUCAGCCGAUCUCUGGCCGAUGUGUGACAGCUAUCGGACGCAAAUUUCAUCCAGAACACUUCCGAUGCUCGUACUGUAAUAGACAACUCACGAAAGGCACAUUCAAAGAAGUGGAUCGACGUCCGUUCUGUCACAAAUGCUACAAUAACACCUAUGCAUUAACGUAA